CUUUACAGUCGUUUGACGGCCUCCACACUUGUGAACACAACGCUGCUCGUCCGUUUAGCUGCUCGUCGGCUUGCUGAGUCGGUGUCUACGUCUGCAUCAUCAGGUCUACGUUCGAAGAUGACUGAAUCAUUGCAACUGGACCCUGACUUGCAAGACUUCUUCUCAGAUGAAGAAGAAGAUGUCAACCAACCAGGGCCAUCAACUGCAAUCACCAACGCACCCAAGAAAAGAAAACGUGUUGAGGUAAUUGCAGAUGACGAUAUUGAUAUAGAAACAAUUCCUUCAGCUCAACCUACUAAAAAAGAACGUUUUCAAGAAAAAUGGACAACCGAAUUUAAAACAUUUAUAGCUAAUCUACUAAUUGAAAUAUGCAUUGGUCUAGAUAAAGACACAUUCUCUGAAAAAUUUUCUAACUUCAUAUUAACCUUACCAAAAAACUUGAAAUCAACAUUUUGGGUCAUUUAUCGUGUUUUGGUGAAGGAUUCAGAAAAGUCAUUAGCGACUGCUGUUUUGCAAAAUCAAGCCUCGUUAUUACGCACCAUAUACUCGACACAGCUACCUUCCAGCGAAAUCAGGAAAAUUUUAUCAAAUUUGCAAAAUCACUUUUCCAAAGCAAACCAAGACGAGAUAGAUUAUGGUACAUCUGUUUCGAAAACACCACCAGAUCGCGUGUCCACAUUGGUCACAACUGCAACAGAGCCUACAGGACCUGCAGAUGUAUGUAAGGUCGACAAUUCGUGGCUCUCUUGGGACGACCAAAAUUCGUCACUAUUGCAAAAGCAUGCGACUCAGAAAAAAGAGCAAAUCUCUUCCUGUAUCUCGGUAAUAAAUACGAGGCAGAACACGCAAUAUACAUGGAACGAGGAAUUCACCAAGCCUUUUCACUUCACUUUGCAAUUACACGAUGCGGAACGGAUGGUGAAACUCAGCAAACAAAGACAGUGGACAGCAAAAGUGAGGGACAUACGGAUGUACUGCAAUCCGAACGAUCCGAACGACAUUCUGGGCCAACACGUGAAAGCAAUAGUGACACACUCCCAAAAGACAUUGCGCGAAUUACUGAAUACCAACAAAACGAACGUGGAAAUAAACGAAAAAGUUUUCAAGAGCUGGUACAAUUAAUAUGUGAGAAUUUAUGCUGUCCAUUAAAUAAAAUCCAAUUUACAAAUAUUUGGUUAUCCGAUGCAUCACUAUGUACUCGUAGUGAACAAUUACUAUCCAAUGUAAUUCAACAUAUCCAAAUACUUACCAUGAAAAUGAGUGUACAAGAAAUGUAUAGCUUCAUUUUAAGAGCAAAGGUUCUUUUCUUUGAGGCUAAUUCAUGUGACUUUAAUGAAUUUUAUUUUGAUCAUAAACAAUCAUAUGAUCUAAUGUAUGAAUUACUUGAAUUUCAAUUUAAUGAUGACUGCGAAACAAUAGCUGAAUUUAUUAUCAAUGUAUUUAAUGUACUUAAUCGUUGUAUUGGUAGAAAAUUUGUAUAUCACUUAUUGGACCUCCAAAUAGCUUUAAGUCAACUUUUGUAUGUGUAUGUUAUAGUGCAAUGAUAAAUGCAGGAUGGUGUAAUAAAAAUAACAAAUUUGUAAAUUUUGGUUUGCAAGAAUGUGCUUGCAGACGUCUCAUUAUAAUGGAUGACCCUAAUUUUGAUAUAGGUAGUUAUUAAACAUUAAAAUCUGUGUUUAGUGGUAACAGUACUAAUAUUCAAGUAAAGUAAAAAUCUGAUUUUGAUCUCACUAAAACUCCUGUAUUAUUCUGUGCAAAUACUGAAAUGUUUUAAGGAGCUGUAUGGGAAGAGAUAAUUGUAAAAUAUAAUUGGAAAAAAUGGGGUAAAAGGAUUUGUAAAG